UUUGGUGUGUUAUCCGUUAUCCUCUGCAUACUCGAUUUCGAUCAAUCAUUCGUCAAUUCCAUAUCAUUCAUGCCUUUCUUUUCCACACUCAAAUGCGCUUCACCAGCCAGUUAGAGAAGCAUGCUUAUUCCGUACAGCUGUUGGAGGUAACGUUAUCCCUUUAUAGGAACCUCACCGUCUUCCACCCCUGAAAGUUGGGGUUCAAUGGGCCGGCAAGCAGAACACCUAUGUGGUUGUCAGGUGUUAAAGCUAUGCGUUCUAGAUACCUCCAGAGUAGAUCAUCUCAGUUGUGGGACAUGAGGAUAAGACAGGAAAGAGUAUAGAUAUGGACCUCCGAUUCCUCUUCUUACAAUCAACUUUGUGCUCUUGUACUUCAACGUGUUCGAGCUCGAAUUCAAGUUCCUUGGGCUGUCCCUCCUUUUCUAAUUUCAUCUUGUUGAGCUCCUUCAUUUUGCAGAGUCGCUUUUUACGGUUGAAGUCUUCUGGAUGAGACUUCGGUAUUUCCUUUCUGCUCCACACGAAUAAAAAUAAUAAUAUUAGCAUAAUUCCCCAGCAGGAUUUAAUAUAUAACCCAUUGAUUUCUUUUUCCCCUCUUUCCUUUUCAAGUUUCUUUUUUUUCUUAAGAAAAACAGAAGCACACCUACGACACGAAAAGAUAUAAAAGAGAAGGAAGAAGAGAAAAAGUUUUCCAGCGACAACGACUAGAAAAAGAGUGUGAAGAAGUCACAGAAGGAAUAGAAGGCGGGGGCUAUUUUGGCAACGACGGAAGAUCAAGUUAUCUAUUUAGCCGAGAUUUUGGCGCAUCAUGAUGCAUCGGAGUACAUCCUCAAAUGGACUCUUCAAAGGGGGUAACAUAUUUGGGGGCAGUAAGACUCCAACUUCUUCAACACGACCAGAUACUAGCGGGGGAUCUCCCAAGAGUGAAUUGAACUACAGUCCAACACAUCGACCAACACAUCAGCCAAGGACUUCGGUAGCAGGAUUCAGUCGCAAACCCUCCCUUUCCGCCUCAUCGCGCCAUAAUCGACGCAACAAUUCCACUGCGCAUUUGCACUCUACACUCCUACCUCAUCUCCCAAUAUUUCCGACGUCGAGCUCAUCCGAGAAGCAUUCUGCGGCGAAUAAUCCCUAUGUCGUACCAGUAAUCAUCCCACUACCACCCUCGGAUCCUCGGCAAAGCAUAGACAGUUACGAUCGGGUCGUCUUAGCAGAAUCCACAGGAGUCAAUGCAUUUGGAGCCGUAUCACCACGUCAAUCAAUAGAUGCCGAAUCUUUUACCUCCACAACGCCAUACUCAAACAUGCUUGCCAGACCAGGAACGGGGUAUCAGUCUUCGGGGGGAGGGCCCGCGGGUCCGGGUGUGAUGGCUCCCAUGCAGCCUGGAAGUCCCACACUCGAGACCAUAACCUAUCAGCACAUACAAGAAAUGGCAUCCAAGAGGAUAUCUACUCUGGACUAUCUGAGAAAAGCGUAUGAUUGUCCAUACCCCUUCAUCGCAAUCCGCCUUGAAAACUUAAUUGACUUGGACAAUGCUGACAAUUCAAUCUCAACAGUCAUGAAGGAAGGGUCUAUUGGUUCAACACAUUAUUAUUCAACAAACCAGAUUUACAACGAAUGCCCUACUUUGAUGCGCGCAAACUCGCCCGCCGCGCGACAAAUUACCUUCUCCUCGGCCUUUCACUACCUACAAUCCUCGACCUUAAUUCCUCAAGUCCCUCCGAAUUUCUGCGCACGCUCAAUGCGCUCCUCGGCGAAUUUGAAUCUUUUCAACAGGCGCAUCCACCGGAUGGAUCGACGUCUUCUUCGUUAUCGCGCGGUCGAUUUCCCCAGAUGUUUAAGCGCACAACCAUGAUUACAAGUAAAGGGAGACGCACAAGCUCUGCGACUGAAAUAGGAUUACCGAUGGGCAACGAUUUCUCGGAUACUAAAUCUAGUAAUGGGAGUACACCAGGCGGGGGUGGGAAUGGCGGGACAUCGUUCCCGGCGAGUGAGAACGAUUUAUUGCCUGGGGAGGAAUAUAAACAUCUAUUAACGCCAUCUUUACCGUUCGAUCCUGACUUUUACGAGACGUUUGCGACGCUGUGCGAUGUGUUGAUCGAUUGCUAUACGAGGUUGAUGAGCUUAGUAUCAUCGCCAAAAGAGUGUAGCCCGCAGAUUGCGGAAAUGUUUACAAAGGCGGAUGCUAGAGUCAGGAAGAUCAUUGUCCAGGGAGUCGUGAAGGAGUUUGAAGAUAGCAGCAGGGGUGGAGUGAAGAGUGAGGUCGCGGGCGUGGGAAGGGUGGUUCUUGGUGGGCUUAUGUGAAGAAUAUUGUUCAUUUUGCAUUUUUUUGGGUGGAUUAACGGCUUGAUACCAUAUGAAUAUUAUGACGGGUUAGGAACGGAGGAAAGAGCAACGGCAUUUGCAUAUAUCUGCAUUAUUAUA